CAAGGCUACCAUACAGCCUCUUGCUGCAUAUACCUAGACGAAGCUGCUGCCUGUGGAUCUCUCUCUCCUCCAGGAUACAAACAAAAGAAACCCAUCAGACUUUUAUAUUUCUCUCGCUCUUCCACGCAUAGACACACACAGAUAAAGAUUCUGCCUUUCCUAAGCUCGCACACACCCUUCGCCUCUCUCUGUUUUUUACUGUCGGUGUGUCUCCUUCCUUGAAACAACACUCCUUCUUCUCCCAAACAGAGGAGUAAUAAAGGGGUUGGUUCUUGGUGUUUGGCUCCUGGUCUUUGGCUCAGAGGGAGCAGAGUGGCAGAUGGCGAUGUGAAGGCGAGCUCAGUCAGAUUUGACUCUGCUGCACAAUGGCUGGAAACGGCUGGUUGUCACAGGAUACAGGAUUUAACUUGAUCAUGUGAUCUGACUCCCUCCCCAGUUCCCUGUCAUCUAUCAUUGGGGGAUCAUGACCUGCCGGCUGAGCAGCUCCACCCGUUCCCAUACAGAGGACUCCAUCUUCCUGAGGCCUGACGAAGACCCCGUCUGGCUAGAUGAACCUCCAAAGAUUGACAGAACCCCUAGAAAAGAUGGGCUGCCAGAAUGCAAAGAUGGACUCACAGGUGGUCAAAGCCCACAGGGGGAGGAAGUCUUUAUGCACAAGGUGUACACGCUAGUGAUUGAGAUCCACUGCUGGGCCGCACUGUUUGUCAUCUCCCAAGUCACGGGCUACUGGAUGUUUUUUGUUGUGGAAGGAAACGGCCCACUCUCUUCCAUCUACAAAUCCCUGCAAGUCAUCGACUUCUACCUUGGCUUCAUCUUACCGUGCCAUCCAAUUUUUGGAAUGGACUCUAUGGUGUUGAUGAAGGAAGUGGUAAACACCCAGCAGCACAACUGGAUUGUCCAUGGAACUUCAGGUGUUGGUGUGAUCAUCUGUGUUGUUAUGGUCAUCCACAUGGUGUGUAAGUGGUGUUAUGGCACUGGCUUGUGGUCAUCAGGAACAGUAUCAAGGGACAUUGGUGAUCGGCGUCAGUCUGUAAGCCGCCAACCCUCCUUCACCCUGUCAGAGUGGACGGACGCUCAGGAGGACCUACUGGACCUAGACCCUAUGCCUCAGACACCAGUCUUUGACAAUGACAUCAGGAUGGAGGGAGACUCCGCCACCCUCACUGUCACACCAGUGGGGCUUCAGGAGAGGAGAGGCUCCAAUGUUUCCCUGACCUUGGACAUGUGUACACCAGGCUGCACUGAGCCCUAUGGCUAUGGAGCCCAGCUCUCUCCCAGAGACCAGUCUGCCCAGGAGUACCUCCGACAGGGAACACAUGUCUUAACUCCAACCAUGCUACACACAAGGGCCAUGGAUGACCAGGGCCUUCAGGCUGAGUUUUAUGAAACUCCCAUGAACUUUGUGGACCCUAAAGAGUACAACUACCCAGGGCUGGUGAGAAAGAAUCGCUACAAAACCAUCUUACCCAACACACACAGCAGAGUGAUUUUGAAAUCACAGGAUGAAGACGAUUUCCUCACUACCUACAUCAAUGCUAAUUAUCUCAAAGGCUAUGGGGGUGAGGAGCAUGCAUACAUUGCCACCCAGGGUCCCACUGUGAACACAGUAGGGGACUUCUGGAGGAUGGUGUGGCAGGAGAAAAGCCCAAUAAUAGUGAUGAUCACCAACCUGGAGGAGAAAAAUGAGAAAUGUGCAGAGUACUGGCCAGAGGACACUGUGACCCACGAGGGCAUCGAGAUUGCCGUUGUCUCGGUAACACAGGAGGAUGACUACAGUCUGAGGGUGUUUACACUGAAGUGUGGGGGAGAAAAGCGCACUCUGCGGCAGUACUGGUACACUUCAUGGCCUGAUCAGAAGACUCCAGACAAGGCUCCGCCCCUGCUGGAACUAGUGCAGGAAGUGGAAAGGGCCCGAGAGGAAGCCCCGCCUUCCAGUGGCCCUAUAAUUGUCCAUUGCAGGUACAGAAGCAGCUUGUCUGUGAGUAAAAAAGGCUAUGCCCAGUUUUAUAUUGGAGGAAUCCUUUUUAAUAAAUCAACCACUCACCCACUUCUAAACUGCUCCUGUGUGAUUUCCCCAAGGAUGAUUUGAGAUU